AAUGUAAUGGAUGUAUAAGAAAAGGAAUGGACGAUGCCGUCACGAAUCUUGAGAGAGUGUGUGGGUUUGAAAGAGAGAGGAGUCCGGCUCGGGAGGGAUGGAAUGAUGGUUGAACUUGUAUGGCUCUGGGGAGGAAACGAAACAAGCGAGACGGGGGGCAGCUAGAGGGAGGAAGCGAGUCUUCUAAUACGCCUCGCCGCAACCUUACGUAUUGCCCUCCUGCUAGCCCUCAAAGUCGUCGUGUGGCCAGGGAGCCAGCGGGGCCAGGGCUUGGCCAGCUUUGUGCGUCGUCCGCUGGCGAUCCCGUUGGCGUGAGGGAUGCGCGAUGUACAAAGUGCUCCAUAAACAGAUUCUCCUCCCCAAUCCCGGCACCUUCAUCCCGGCCCCUGACAGGUACGUACUGGGUAAGACGGGGCUGCGCGUGGUUUUUCAGCCAGCUAGGGUGCCCAGCCCGAUAUUUUCAUUUAGGCCGUCCGAGGUUGGAGCGUGGAAAGCGGAGGGGACAGCAACCCGUAGCACGGGUGUGGCAAUAUUCCAUGGCUAUUCGUCCAAGCCCUUCAUCAGGCUCCAUACACCAUUAGGAUCUACCGUGCACUUAAGCCAAGCAGACAAAUGGGUGUCUAGCGGAAGGGGGCGGCUGGGGGACCAUGGCGACAGAGGUGUGAGUCC